AUGUCUGGUCGAGGAAAAGGUGGAAAAGCUAAAAGUUCAGGAAAGGUUAAAAGUCGUUCUAGCCGUGCUGGACUUCAAUUUCCUGUCAGUCGUCUUCAUCGCAUGCUUCGCAGAGGAAAUUACGCUGAACGUGUUGGAGCUGGAGCACCAGUAUAUCUUGCAGCUGUCCUUGAAUAUCUUGCUGCUGAGGUUCUUGAAUUGGCCGGUAACGCUGCACGUGACAACAAAAAAACUAGAAUCAAUCCAAGACAUCUUCAACUUGCCAUUAGAAAUGAUGAAGAAUUGAACAAACUUCUUAGCGGUGUAACUAUUGCUCAAGGUGGUGUUCUCCCAAAUAUUCCAUCGUCACUUGUCCCAAAAAAGGUAGUUGAUGAGACAGCUGAAUGA